AUGGAAAUUACUAUGUUAUCUCAUUACGAUGGUACUCAAUUGCUGAUUUUGGUUAAAGAUGCAAGUGUAUAUGGUCUGGGAGCUGUUCUGUUGAUGAGAGAUGAAGAAGAAAAAAAGCGCCUGUUGUGUCACGCAAGUAAAAUAUUUUCUCCAAGUCAAAAGAAUUGGAAUCAAUUAGAUAAGAGGGCUGCUGCCGAUAUUUUUGGUGUUUCAAAAUUUACUGAUUAUUAA